AUGUUUCAACUUCACUUUGCACGUGGAUUACGUACUGGUAUUUCGCAAACGUUUAGUAUCCAACUUGCUGCCCUCCGAAUUGUGAGGCCUGCUACUUACGCGUCCCAAGAGCAAUUGUAUCACACUGUCGAAAGGUCGUUUCUCAACAAUGCGUCUAACGAGGUAUUUGGCUUUAUACUGUCCUCUCACAUUUAUCAGCUAGAUAACACUACUUCCAUUCAAGGAAUAGAUGUCCUAUUAGCGAUUAUGUCAUGUUCACUAGCUAGCUAGCUAGUUAUUGGCUCUGCGUUCGAUAGUGCUGCAAUUUAUAAAUUAUGUCUGAUUUCUUGCUCUGCAGAUUAGCCUGGUUGUACAGGCAAGUACGUUAACUUUAAAAAAUGCAUUAGGUAUUCAAUUAAUCUCUACAACUCCCAUGCAUGAUUGGAUAAUGCAAUAUCAUAACCAAUUCUUCAAGAUCUCAUUCUAAAAAGUAAUUCAUGAAUGGAGGUUAUUUUAAACGGAUACAUUAUUUGUUAUAAAUUGUAGCAUACAUUGAAUGGAAAUAAAUAGUUUCACAUUUGUGUCCGUCUCUGCCCAGGUACAGUUAACCUCUAUACAGCGGAUGGUCCGCAGCUUCUGUACAUCCUCCACCUGCCACUCUGAAGAGGGGAAGCUGAUCUAUUCAGGGAACCUCGGCAACGCUGUUCGAGGUAUUACGUUAUUACCCUCAUCUCAUUAUCACCACCAUCAUCAACAUCGUUGAUAUAAUUGCAUAACUAAACAUAAAUUGCACCUUUUAAUAAUACUGUAUUUUCUGUCUGUUUGUUGCAGGGGUGAAGAUGUUCUCCUACACCAGUAGCGGGGCCAGCCUGUGCGUGAUGCCAUACAUACUUCUGAAGACGGGCAUCAGCGUUCAUGGUCUGGUGCUGAAAGGUGCCUUCUGCGGUGUCAUCGGUUUCUUUACAUUCCUGACUCCCAUCCUCCUCCACAUCAUCACCAAAGGCUACGUGGUCCGCCUGUACCACAACCAGGACACUGACACGUACACAGCUGUCACUUACAAUGUCCUCCUGAUGGAGAAAAAGACUGUGUUCCGUCAGAGUGAGGUCAAGAUACCGGGUGUCAGCAAAAUGUUCACCACAUUCUAUGCCGACAAGAAGUCGAUGCUUGUGAACCCGAUGCUGUUCCCACUUCCUCAUGACUAUAACCACCUCAUGGGUUACGACCAGCCCUUUUCAUUUGAUACGGAAGACUUGGAUGGUAAUCCAAAUAAAAGUUAAUUGAUUUGUACAGAUAAUGCCAAUGGCAGUCAACUGCUGUAUGGAAUGGUUGUGCGUGUGUGUGUGUAUAUGUACGACUAACUUAAAGUGUAGUCACAAUAGCAUAUUAAAGAGAAGACCAUUGAAAUGUUGGUGACUAGGAAAAGGUAAUGUACAGAUGUAGAGGAGUAUUAUGGAGAAAAAAAGGUUUUGAACAAAGCUUAUGGAAAAGUACAUUUCACCUCUGACAUGACUGUGGUUUGAGUGGUAAUGUCCCUUUCUUCUGCUGCAGAGUAACACUGCCAGUAUUCUGUUGGAAAAAUGACAAGAUCCUACUCAUUGUUUGGGCACUGUCGAGCAGUUUGUAUAUUGCAUGAAAACAGGAGACCGGCAGUCAGUCAAACCAUUGCUGAGUAUCUAUCAAUUUCAGUUGCAAUAAAUUUACAUUUUACAUAAUUACCAUGAUGUUUCAAAUCCUGGGUAUUGUUUUAAGUGUUUUGGCUGCUUGUGGACAGAGAAGAUUACUUUGCUCUUCAGAAAGUAUCGAACCCUGGUAUACUUGGCAUGGUAGGACAGCCCUUUCUAUUUACUUAUCUAGUGUGACCAAAUAGAGAAGAAUGUAAAACUUUUUAUACAGAAUUUUAUCAGAACGUUUUAGAUAAAGGUAGUAUAUUGCUGUUACUAGAUAGGAAAUACCAGAACUACUAGGUGUCUGGAAAUUGUGUUUGCUGUAUUUAAUCUGACGCUCUUUUACCAGGGGCAAUGUAUGAUUUUUCUAUGACAAUGUCACCCUGCAGCAAUGGAAUGUAGUUACCUACUCAGUGAUUUCAAGUGAGAAUUUAAGUUGAUUUAAUUUUCAAUACACAUUGUAAACACUC